UUACACACGCGUGAAGAGUGGAAGGGUUGAGCGUGAGCAUAAAUACUCAACGGUAAAGGGCCAUUCAUGAAUAUGUCAUUCAAAAAUUCGUGAAGUGGGUUUAGAUCACUGAAAUAACUUCAGUGGGUUAGAUCGUUCAAAGGGGUGGCUCAGACCAAUCAAGAGAUUGUUGUAGUCUCGCAACGAACGAGGGGAUGAUUCAGAACCAUUCUUUCUUCAAAAGUUGAAGUGCUAAAUCGCUUUACAAUACACGAUCGCUCGGAUAUCAUCUUUACUGAGAAUAGUUGAUGCAGAAGCUACCGCUAUCACAUUAUCCAAAUUCAUGAAGUUCUGAUGGCAGUUACUAUUGAGUCUCUCGUUUAUCUAGUGAUCGUUGCUUUACUAUGGGGUGCUACUAAUCCGUUGAUUAAAAAAGGAUCCCAAGGCUUGGAUUCUGUGAAAGCGGCCACGCCAUGGGGUCAAUUUGCUAAAGAAAUUAUAUUUCUUGUCACAAAUUUAAAGUACAUAAUACCAUUUUUAUUCAAUCAAUGUGGUUCGGUACUAUACUUUUUGGCACUGCAAAAUGCAGACUUGUCCCUUGCUGUACCAGUUGCAAAUUCUCUAACCUUUGUUUUCACUGGUGUAACUGGAUGGAUCUUAGGUGAAGAAAAAUCACAUAUGAUCACCUAUGUUGGUAUGAUCCUGAUAUUAGCUGGGACAACGUUGUGUUGCCUAGACAAAUUGGAUGCUCCUGAGGAAACACUAAAUUAGUUCAAUUAAUUGGAGAACCAUCAAUGCUCAAUAUCAUAACUUGUCAAUAUGGCCAAUCGAAAUCUUGGACAAUCAACCCAGUAUAUUAGAUAUCUCAUCAUUUCGGAGACAGCAAUGGCAGUUCCAUGGCGACGUGUUCGGUAUCCGUCCAUUCCUGUGCGAGCCAGAACUACUGGUUAGUUGACUUUUUACUAUCAAAAAGAGUUUUGGAUAAUGUAACAAAUAUGAAAACUUGUACGUUAUUUUGAAAAAAUUCUGAUGCUUAAUUUAAAAAAUAAAAUAUCGAUUUUCACUAAA